CUUUCACAAAAGUUUCCUACCUGCUGCUUCACAUUGUUGAAACUUUUUUCCAAGCAAACAAAAUCUUGGAAUCAUUAUAUAUAUUUUUCUGCUGAUUUCCUUUUCUGUGAAUUUUGAGCCCUCAGAAUCAGAACAUGAAGAACUUCUUGGUUUCUUUAUGCUACUUGUUUCCUGCAAUCAUUGCAAUCAUUCUUGUGCUGCUUACUCCAAUUCCCAGUGCACAGUUAACAACAAAUGAGAGCAGAAUUCUUCAACAAGUUCAGAACCUUCUUGAAUAUCCGCAAGUUCUUCAAGAAUGGACCAACUCAACCAACUUCUGCAACCUCCCUCCAUCUCCUUCUUUCAAGAUUCUCUGCACAAAUGGCCAUGUAACUGAAUUAACGGUCAUUGGAAACAAGAGCUCUCCAUUGAAUCUUUCAGAAGGAUUCUCCAUUGAUUUUUUCUUCACUGUCUUGACAAAGCUUUCAAACAUGAAGGUGUUGUCAUUGGUGUCUAUUGGUUUAUGGGGUCCUUUACCUUCAAAGAUCAGCAGGUUCAGGUCGCUUGAAGUGCUCAACAUUAGUUCAAAUUUCAUUCAUGGGGAAAUUCCAUCAUCAAUUUCGUCUCUGAAAAAUCUCAGAAGUUUGGUUUUGGCUGAUAAUCUUUUCAAUGGGAGUGUGCCUAAUCUUAGAAGACUAGCCUCUCUUGAAGAGCUCAAUCUUGGUGGCAAUAAAUUUGGUCCUGAAUUUCAUUCCAGAAACAAGAAUCUUGUGAAGGUUAUCUUGAGGAACAAUUCUCUGAGAUGUCAAAUUCCUUCACAACUCAUUCACCUUGAUAAACUUCAGCUAUUUGACAUCUCUUCCAAUGAAAUAGUUGGGAAUAUCCCAUCCUUUCUCUUUUCUCUUCCUUUCCUCCAGUACCUGAACUUGGCAGAAAACCAACUACGCGGUUCGCUUUCUGAGAAUGUGUCCUGCAGUUCUGCUCUAACAUUUGUUGAUAUCUCACACAACUUCCUGGUAGGAAAAUUGCCAUUCUGCAUUGGUUCUGAGUCGUCGAAUCGAACGAUUUUGUAUUCUGGGAAUUGUUUGUCAACCAGAAACCCCAAUGAUCAGCAUCCAUCUUCAUAUUGCAAGCAAGAGGAGGCCUUAGCAGUCAAGCCGCCACUUAAAAGCCAUAAGAAUUUGAAGGUGCAACUAAGCUUAGGACUUGGUAUUAUUGGCGGAGUUGUAGGAAUUACAGGGCUGCUGCUUCUACUCACUCUUUUCAUCUUGAGGAAGUCCAAAGCAGAAAGAGCAGAUAGUAACAAUGACAGAUCUUUGGAUGAUGAUAAAAUUUCUGUCCAUGAAUGUCCAAGACCAAAUGUUAAUUCAAUGGAAAUAGGAAGUGUUCCUCAGUUAAUGAGGCUAGCUGCAGGAUUUCCAGCAUACAACAUUUUCACACAAGAAGAAAUUGAAGAUGCAACCAACAACUUUGACCCUUCAAAUUUGAUAGAAGGAUCAGAGGGACAGCUAUAUAAAGGUUGGCUCAGAGAUGGUUCAAAGGUCAUGGUUAAUUGUGUGCAACUAAAGCAGAAGAGUUUGCUCAAGAACAGUGUUCAGUGCUUAAAGGUCUUGCCAUGUUUAAGGCACAGGCAUUUAGUGAGUGUUCUAGGACACUGUGUCGUUACUUAUUCAGAACGUCCCCAAACUACAAGCAUGAUAUUCAUUGUAUUUGAGCACAUCACAAACGUGUCUUUGAGGGAUCAUCUUACAGAUAAGAGCAAAAAGGAAACUCUGAAGUGGCCACAGAGAAUAGCAAUCAGCAUAGACAUUGCAAGAGGAAUCCAGUUCUUACACACAGGAGUUAAACCUGGCAUAUUUGGCAACAGUAUAAAGAUUGAGAAUAUUCUGAUGGAUGAUAGUCUCAGUGCAAAAGUUAGUGGAUACAGCAUUCCAUUGCCAUCCAAGAAACAUCUUGGCAGAAAACUUAAUGAAAAGAGUGCUGCCAAUCAUAUUGAAAGCAUCAACAAUGCAGAAAAGGAAGACAUCUAUCAGUUUGGUGUUAUUCUAAUUGAACUUAUCACUGGCAAGCAAAUUGCAUCUUCCAGUGAAGUAGAGGAGCUGAAAUGUGAGUUUGAGAGAGGUUUUUCAGAACCUGCAUCACCAAUACUAAGUGGAGCAACUGAUCCUUCUCUCAAGGGAACUUAUGCAUAUGAAUCAUUGAAGACUGCAGUUCAGAUCACCAUCAACUGUCUUGGCAAUGUUUCCAGUAAUCGCCCUUCAAUAGAGGAUAUUCUCUGGAAUUUGCAGUACUCGAUGCAACUUCAAGAGGCAAGGACCAGUAGUGGAAGCCUCAAUAUGAAAUUGUAAAUUUUCUGUGAAUAGAAUUGUUUGCUCGCAGUUUGUAAGUUAUAUGGUAAUAAAGAGUAAUGGUCUUGUAAAUGUAUAUUUUCUUAAAUAAGGCCAGGAUUUUCAAUCUGCUACUUAAGUACCUUUCAUCCUUUUGUUACCCUUUUUUCAGAAGUACUCGUACUGGCAUACACUUCUUAGUUCUUCCAACCUUUCUUGGGGAUACUUUUGUUUUAAAUUAUAGGUCUAUCAUGAUAUGUUAACAAAGUCAUUCUAUGUUAUAAUGAUAAUGAUGAAUGAAACAAAUGAGAAAGGUGACAAAACAUGAUUCUGCA